AUGGCACCAGUUGAUCCGAAAACGAAGAAAAGCGUUCAAGAAAGAAACUUUAAGAAGCCGCAAAAACAAAAUGCUGGCGUCAAAAAGAGGAAAUGGAUUCCAGAAAACAAAGUUUUCCAAGGAAGUAUUCAAGAAGGUCAAGGUUUUGCUUUCAAACGUAAGGAGAAAGUGAGGCAUGAUUAUAACAAGCUUGUGCGCAAGGAGAAGAAAAAGACCGACAAGCAGACGUCCUUGUCAUCGCUUUACCACGAGGAAUACCCGGAUCACCUCAAACAUUUGUACAUGGCCGAGGCCGAGAAACUGAAGAACGAGGCUUGGACAAACAGACUGAACCGUGUCAAACUGAGAAUGAAAGGGCACGAUCAGGAAGAAGAGGCGGAGUUGGAGGACAAAGCUCUUUCUGAUCUAAAAAGUCCUGCUGCUCCUGAGGCAGAAGAAACAGAGACGGCAGCACCGGUAGUAGAAAGGCUUCCUUUGAGCAACCGCAUGAAGAAGAAAAUGGACAAAAAGUCAUCCUUCCAGAGGUCGCAAGAAAAAUACGAGCAGAUCCAAGAAAAGCGGAGGAAAAAAGAAGAGGAGUUCCAAAAGCGCAAGCAGCAACGAGAAGACGCCAUCCAAAAGUACAAGGAGAAAAAAAGGGAGACCUUUCAGAUGCUCUGCAAAAAGACCAAAAAGGGGCAGCCAAACCUCAAUCUUCAAAUGGACUACCUCCUUCAAAAGAUCCAGAAGAGUUCAGAAAUGAGUUCGAAAAACUAG